AUGAGUUCCAAAGAAGAGAAAGAUGAUGACAAAGAACGCCGGAGUCGCAAAUCCAGGGACCGCCAUGAUGAGGAUGCCAAGGCCAAGGAAAGAGCACGAAGACGAAGCACAAAGAGUCAUAGUCAUAGGAGCGACCGUCGCAGUCAAGAGGAUCGGGAAGCCAAAGACAGAGCCCGCCGUGGGACUUCUUCUUCGUCAUCUCGGCCAGGCGUUUCGCAUGAAAGAAACUCUUCCGAUCGGGCUCGCAAAAAGUCUUCCAACGGAAGUGGGAGAUCGCGUAGUGACAGGUCAUCUCGUCGUACCGGUACUGGAAGUAGAAGAGGAGAUGAGAAAAAAGGUUAUCACAACCGAGGGGCAUCUACUCCUGGAGCGCAGGCUGAGCGGAGCAGUCGAGACAGAGCAACUCGCAAAGAGGCACGAAACAGAAACAAACACAAAAUUGAGGUGGGCAGUGUAAUUGCACCAAGCGGAGACGAAGGUUACGCUGUACAUGCCAGCAUUGUGGAGGAGAAUGACGUCGUUGAUGAAGAUCGAAAAAGGGCAGAGGAAGAAGCAAAACGACUACGGGAAGAAGAACGACGACGUGAAGAAAGGGAGCGCGAGGAAUUGGAGGAAGAACAACGUCAGGAACAGGAGCGUGAGAAUAUGGUGCUCGAGGACAAGAACAAGAAGAAGAAGCGGCGCAAUUUGGUGAUUCUUAUAGCUCUAUUGGUUUUGAUUGGAGGUGGACUCGGAGCUUACUUUGGCAUUCAAGGUAGUUCAAGCAACGGCGCCGCUACUCAAAAUCGUCCUGAAGAUACCGCCUCUGAAUCCCCGUCGCAGUUUGCUUUCAAGUACCCUCCACCAGAACUGGAAGAUUGUCAACGCCUGAUUAACAGGGAUCCUCCAGUGGACGAGGAAGACACUCUGGAGAAUCGAGAGUUUGAGGUCAAUUUCGAUCUCGGCUUAUCAAGUGUCGACACCGAUACAACUUCUGUAUUGCCAGAGGUGGAACAAAAGAUAGCCGAAUGGUUGCUCCCUCCACUUGUGGGAUGCGAUCUUCAGCGUCGUUUGGGUGGGAAGAGACCCGAAUCAAAAAAGAUUCGGGGUGACGCAGUAGGCCGUUGGUUGCAAUCAUCAGAGGAUCCUCUCCGGUACCUGAUCGCUGAUGUGUUGGACAUCAGUGCAGUCGACCAAGACGAGGAAUGCUCUACUACCUCUGACACUUCCAACUGCAGCUUAGUGACAUUGAGAAUGAAUGUGGUACUUCGUGGUAACGAGCUGAACUUGGAAGUGUUGAGACUGCUCUCUCAUUUCUUCCCCGAAGGCCAAAAUCUCAAAGUUGAGAUUGGCUUGUCGGAUGACAUUGACAUCUUCACCGCAAGAGGUGCCCGUGCCACUGGACCUACCAAAGCUCCAAGUGUAAUGCCUUCUUUGGAGCCAAGCAUUUCUCCCUCUGGCUUUGCAAUCAAGGAACCAACUAUUCCGAUUCCUGCCUCGGCCAAUCCUAGUGCCCUGGCACUGGCCCCUGAACCUACCAAGGAACCCUCAGAAUCACCCAGCAAGACACCUUCCGCAACGCCAUCGAGUGUCCCGACUCCAAUCCCGCAGCCAACAUUAGCCCCAGCUCCGGGAGCAACCUCAAUCCCAACAAAGGUAGCCUCUGGUGCCCCGUCCCAGAUUCCGAGCCAGACGCCUUCGUCUACACCAACAGUUGCUCCUGUGGUCGGAAUCACGCCAUCUCCAUCCGCAACACCGUCGACGUCAGAACCUACAGAUCCACCGACAGACACACCAACAGACAUGCCAACAGCCGAACCAACAGACCUACCGACAUUCGGACCAACCGUCUCAUCGACAUUCGGACCAACAGUCUCACCAACGGACAUACCAACAGUCUCACCAACGGACAUACCAACAGUCUCACCAACUGACGUACCAACAGUCUCACCAACUGACAUACCAACAGCCUCACCAACUGACAUACCAACAGCCUCACCAACAGCCGGAGAAACAUUCGGGGGAACAUACUCAGGAACAUAUGGAGGCACCUUCACAGAGACAUUUGGAUUCUGA